AUGUUAAAUAGAGCAUUAGGUAUUUGGAAGAAAUAUCAAUACAAAAUUCUUCGACAAAAUGAAUUGUAUGAACAAGUUAAAGACGAAUAUCGAGAAAAUAGUCGGAUCGAAAGUUUGAUGAAUCCCGCGAAAUCAUUUCCAAUCACCGAAAGUUAUAUAAAUUUAUCCAUUGUAACAUCUAGAGAACAAUGGGAGAAAGAAAUCCAACUUCAUACGGAACAGAAUUCUGAAACUAUUUACAAUACAUUCGAAGAGAUCUAUGGAACCAAAACUACAAUCAAUAUUAAUGAUAUUUUCAAAACAUGUCAUCGUCAAAAACAACAAGUACUUGUCUUUGGUCGUGCAGGAAUUGGUAAAUCAACAUUCUGUCGAUAUAUCGCUUAUCAAUGGGCAACAGAUACAUCUUGGUCAGAAUAUGAAUUACUUGUUCUUAUUCCAUUACGUCGUUUAACAACUAAUCGAUAUCCAAAAUUACCAAAUGGACAAACCUAUUCUCUUAUUGAUCUUAUAAAAAAAGAAAUUAUUCGAUUUAAUUUAUCUGAAGAAAAGACUAAGCUUUUGAAAACACAAUUUAAUAUCGAAAAAACUCUUUGGAUUCUUGAUGGAUAUGAUGAAAUUGUACAAAAUAUUCCCAAACAUCUUCAAGAUUUAUUUGAACAAUUAUUAAAAACUCCGCAUCAUAUUUUAACAUCUCGUCCAUAUUUAAAUACAUUAUCCUACGAUAUUCAAUUAGAAAUAAACGGUUUUACCGAUGAAAAUAUCGAACAAUAUAUCGAACAAUUUUUCUGUCAAUUAGAAACUAAUUCAAUUAACAAAAGUCAAUCAUUAAUCAAAUAUUUACGAUCAAAUCAACGUAUUUGGGGUGUUGCUCAUAUUCCCGUUAAUCUCGAAUUGAUCUGUAGUGUUUGGAGUAAUGAAGAUACAUUGAAAACAAAAGAUUUAACAAUUACAUCAUUAUACAACACAAUGAUAGAAUGGUUAUAUCGAAGAUAUUUAACAUCGAAAGAUAAAAAAGAACAUACAAAUGAAAUUGAAUUAACAUUUUUGGAAUAUCUUGCUUUUUAUACAAUGAAAAGUAAUACAAUUGUUAUUCGACCAUCUUUACUUAAAAAAGCAGCAAAAGAUGCAAACAUUUCAUUUGAACAAAAUCCCGAUAUUCUCAAUUUAGGUAUCUUGAAAAGUUUUCAUAAACCAAAUAGUAUUGGUACACGAAUUGAAACAGACAAAGAUCAUUAUUUUGUUCAUUUAAGUUUUCAAGAAUAUUUCGCUGCUCGUUAUUUAAUUAAAGCAAAAGAAGAAGCAAUUGAAUUUCUUAAAUAUGAAAAAUACAAUCAACAUUAUACAUUAACAUUUUCCUUUUUAUUUGGUCUUCUUUCUGAAAAUGAUCUCGAAUUCUAUUGGAAUGUAAUCUUAGAAAAACCAUUUGAUUUUAUUGGUAUAAGACAUAUACAACUUAUUAUCUUAUGUCUUGAAGCAACAUCAAUUAAAUCAAAUCAAUUAUUACAAAUUGUUGCACAAUGCAUUCGAUUUAGUUUUAAGAUUAAUGAUCAAAUUUUUCNUUAUACAUUAAUAUUUUCCUUUUUCUUUGGUCUUCUUUCUGAAAAUGAUCUCGAAUUCUAUUGGAAUGUAAUCUUAGAAAAACCAUUUGAUUUUAUUGGUAUAAGACAUAUACAACUUAUUAUCUUAUGUCUUGAAGCAACAUCAAUCAAAUCAAAUCAAUUAUUACAAAUUGUCGCAAAAUGCAUUCGAUUUAGUUUUACGAUUAAUGAUAAAAUUUUUCGCAAUCAUUUAUCGUAUUCAUUGCAAAAAACACCAUUGUUGGUAUGUGAUCCCAAUAUUCUUAACGUGUUGAUCGAUUUACUUGAUCGUGGUGAUAUACAAACUAAAUCUGAUGUUCUUACAUUUAUUUCGGAAUUGAAAAUACCGAAUCCAUCUAAGGAACUGAUUCAAUCGAUUCGUAAGACAACAGUAGAUAAUGAAAUGAAAGAGAUAAAGAUCAAAAAAUGUCUUGCACUCGGAAGUAUUAGUGAACAUAUAGCAAGAAAAUCAGUGAUUAAUUUAUUAGUAAAAGCUUUAAGAGAUGAGAAUAAUUAUGUUCGAGCAAAUGCGUCGUACGCUCUGGGAAUGGUCAGUAAGAAAAAUUUGACAAAGAAAAUUAUUCUUAAGUUUAUAGAUCUACUAGCGGAUGAUUAUGAGAAUGUAAGAGCGAGUGCAUCCUAUGUCUUAGAAAGAUGGAAAUUGAAAGUGAUCACGAAUAAAAUGACUGAUAAAUUGGUGAAGUUAUUGGGACAUAAAGAUAAAUAUGUUCGAACUCGUGUAAGAUAUUUUUUUGGUAAUCUUGCUGAACACGUACCGAAAGAGAAAUUAAUCAAAGCAUUAGAUGAGAAGAAUAAGAAUAUUCGAGUGGGUGUUUUGCAUGUUCUAGGAAAGAUAGGGAGAAAGACAAUGACAAAAGAAAUACCUAAUAGGAUAGUAGAUGUUCUGAACAGUAAGAAUAAAUAUAUGAGAAGUUAUGCCUGUGAAGCUCUUGAAAAUGUCAACAAAAAGAUGAUUAAAGGUGGAAUAAUUAGAAUAUUACUCAAUGCAUUGAAAGAUGAUUGUGAUUUAGUUAGGAGAAAUGCAUAUGAUAUUUUAGAGAAUUCAAGAGAAAAGAGAAUAGUGAAGAAUGCAAUUAGAAAACUAAUCAAAGGUUUGGAGAAUGAUGGUGAAAAAGAAAGAAGAAAUGCAUGUGAAGCUAUGAGAAUGUUAAAUGAAACGGAAAUUACGAAUGAAUUAAUGGAAAAACUUAUACAAAGACUAAAGGAUAGGAAUGAAAAUGUUAGAAUUGCUGCAUGUCAAACUCUCGAAACAAUUGCUGAAAAAAGAAUUUGGGCGAGAAACCUAAUUAGAGGAGUGAAAAUUGCAUUAAAAGAUGAAAAUAAAAUAGUCAGAAUGUUUGCAUGUGAAUCUCUGGAAAUCUUAGGUAAACAAAAGCCAACAAACGAAAUUAUCAAUUUAGUAAUCUCUACGUUAACAAAUACUAACGAGAAUGUUAGAGCAUGUGCUUUAUAUGUUCUGGGACAAAUGGGCGAAAAAGUAGCGACAGAGAAAGUGAUUAGCAAAGUAAUAAAUGCAUUAGAAGAUGAAAGUAUUUGUGUUAGAAAUAGUGCUUAUUAUUCACUUGCAGAUUUAAAUAACAUUGUGAUAAAUAAUGAAUUUAUUAAUAAACUUCGAAGUGCAUUAAAGGAUAAAAACGAAGAUAUCAGAGCGAGUGCUUGUAAAGCUCUUAGAAAAUUAAAUGAAUCUCAAGUAAACGAUGAAGUUAUGAGUCUGUUACUCAAAGCAUUAGAAGAUAAAAGUGGAUAUGUUCGAAACAAUGCAUGUGAAACUUUAGGAAUUCUAGUUGACAAUAUCUUUGAAAUAUGCCUAUGUCACAGUGAUUGGAUACGAAUUACUGUACUAUGUACUUUCCAUGUUUUGUACUUGAGUCAAAUCUGCUCAGUAUUUAAGAAGAAUUUGUCAAGUUUGAAGUAA